CCUGGGGGUGGGGUCCCUGGGGAUCCUGGAGCACCCAACAACCUGGAUGGGGGGGUCUCUGAGGACCAUGGGGUGCUUGCCAGCCUGGGUGGGGGGUCCCUGAGGACCAUGGAGCACCCACCAUCCUGGUGGGUCCCACACCAACCUGAGCGUGGGGUCCCUGGGGACCACAGGGUGCUCCACCAGCCAGGACAGGGGGUCCCUGGGGUGCCCACCAUCCUGGGUGGGGGGUCCCUGGGGUGCACGGUGUCCUCCACCAACCUGAGCAUGGUGUCCCUGGGGACCACGGAGCACCCACCAGCCUGGGUGGGGGGUCCCUGGGGUGCGUGGGGUCCCCACUAGCUGGGCCGUGGGGUCCCUGAGGACCAUGGGGUGCCCACCAUCCUGGGUGGGGGGUCCCUGGGGUGUGUGGGGUCCCACACCAACCUGAGCAUGGUGUCCCUGGGGAUCACGGAGCACCCACCAACCUGGGUGGGGGGUCCCUGGGGUGCAUGGGGGCCCCACUAGCUGGGGUGUGGAGUCCCUGAGGACCAUGGGGGGUCACUGGGGUGCAUGGGAUCCCCACCAUCCUCGGUGGGGGGUCCAUGGGGUGCUUGCCAGCCUGGGUGGCGGGUCCCUGAGGACCAUGGGGUGCCCACCAUCCUGGGUGGUGGGUCCCUGGGGUGCGUGGUGUCCCCCACCAACCUCAACGUGGUGUCCCUGGGGAUCCUGGAGCACCCACCAACCUGGGUGGGGUGUCCCUGAGGACCACGGGGUGCCCUUCCACCUGGGUGGGGGGUGUCCCAGUGUCCCCCCCGCGGGGAAGGUGACAAUAUGGUGACCCAGGUGGUGCUGUCCCGGCAAUACGGCUCGGAGGGGCGCUUCACCUUCACCUCCCACACGCCGGGCGAGCACCAGAUCUGCCUCCACUCCAACUCCACACGCAUGGCCCUCUUCGCCGGCGGCAAACUGCGGGUCCACCUGGACAUCCAGGUGGGGGAACACACCAACAACUACCCCGAAAUCGCCGCCAAGGACAAGCUGACGGAGCUGCAGCUCCGCGCCCGCCAGCUCCUCGACCAGGUGGAGCAGAUCCAAAAAGAGCAAAACUACCAACGGUACCGGGAGGAGCGGUUCCGCAUGACCAGCGAGAGCACCAACCAGCGGGUCCUCUGGUGGUCCAUCGCCCAGACCAUCAUCCUCAUCCUCACGGGCAUCUGGCAGAUGAGGCACCUCAAGAGCUUCUUCGAGGCCAAGAAGCUGGUGUGACCCCCACACACCCCAAAAUUCCCCCCUUUGUGUGUGUGUCCCCCAACCCUGCAACACCCUGGGGCCGGUGGGUGGAAAAUAAAGCUUUUUUUUUUGGGGUCC